GGAGGAUUGAAAGGUUGCUGGCAGGAGCAGGAAUGUAGAAGGAUGAGAAAGGAAGCUAUAAAAAAGGUCCUGAUGUUCUUGUGAGGUAUAUCAGAGCCACUGUUGAUCCUCCAUAGUCUCCUAUUCACACAGGGAACAUUUUAAAGAACACAAAGACAAGAAAAAAGAAGAAGUAAUCACUUUCAGAGUAAAAUGGAGUUGAUGUUCAGACCCCUUCUUUUCCAUUUGCUGCUGUACUGUGCAACCCAGACAUCAGGUGUCAUUAUCCAGACUGUCCCACCAUCCAACAGUGAGGGUAUUAUAGAGACACAGCUGGAUAAAACUGUGUCCCUGGUUUGUCAGCCUGACGGCAGCCAUGAGGCUGACGAAGAGUUGCUGUGGCUGAGGAAUGGUGCCGCUGUCCGUCUGACAGAAGAAAAUAAAAUGGGUCGCAGCAGCGUGUGUGUUACACCCGUGCUCUAUGAGGACAAUGGGGCCACUUUCACCUGUCGCCUCAGAAAAAAUGCCACAGCAAUGGCCUCAGUCACCCUGAAUGUCUCAUAUCCACCUCAGCUCUCUGGGUCUGAGGAGGUUUCAGUAGAAGAGCAGUCAAUGCUAGUCCUGCUUUGUGACAUCUGGGCCAAUCCUUCAGUCUCUUCUGUGUCUUGGUCACUAAAUGGAAGUGCCGUGGAUCUAUUAGCAGGCGGCUUCUCUGUGACCAAUGACGGUUUCACAAGCACACUAACCGCCGACAGAGUGGAGGAAAGCUUGCAUGAAGGCACGUAUCAAUGCACAGCAGUGUCUCCCAUCUAUGGAACUCACAGCAGACAAUUCAUCGUCACAUUAACAGAAAAGACCCUGAAGAUCCCACUGAUGCCAUUCGUAGCAGGGCUGGUGGUGGUGUUCUUCACUGCGCUUCUAGCUUUUGCUUCACGAUGGAGCAGAAUUAGAAAGUGGUGCAAAUAGGAUGUUCCCAAAACAACCGUACUUAUUUAGUUGAGAGAAACUACAGAGACAUCAUGACUCAGUUUGUGUGUGUGUGUGCGUGUGUGUGUGUGUGUGUGUGUGUGUGUGUGUGUGUGUGUGUGUGUGUGUGUGUGUGUGUGUGUGUGUGUGUGUGUGUGUGUGUGUGUGUGUGUGUGUGUGUGUGUGUGUGUGUGUGUACGCAAUAUUGUGAUUUGUAAUUUAAAAAUAUUAUCAUAUUAGCCAAUUUUUUUAAGGGAUUUUUCAACAAUUGGGGAUAUUGCUCAUUUGCCUAGCAUUCUGCUAUCUAUCUGUUAACUUAGCUUAACACCAAUACUGAAAUCAAAUACAAACUUCUAAUGCUAGCCUUAUUCUGUCUAAAUGUAUGCCAAAAUGUAAAAAGUUUUAUGUGGAUUACAAAAUUAAGAUAAAACAGAGAGCUUUAGAGAUGCUAAGUGGAUUGUGAUAACUCUGGGCAAAGCUGUUCGCUACUUCCAGCGUUUGUGCUAAGCUAUGCUAAUUGGCUCUUCACAGUCCCAACCAAUCCUCAGCAAUAAGAUAUCAAGUAGUUUUCCAAAACGUCCUUCAAAAUUGGACAAUAAGUAGGAUGCUAUUGACUGUAUAAUCUGUUGAUUAUGGCAGUUUGCCUUUUGACCUUGAGAUCCUCCUUAAACAUGUUACUUUUCAUAGUGUGAUGUACAAUUGCCUGUUUCUUAUAUCUUUAAAAUAAAAGUGCAUUUGUUUCCUCACCA